AUGUUGAUUGGCACAAAGCAAUCGACACUGCUAUCUUCUCGACCGAACUCACCAGGAGAGCCACACUCAGCUGCGCAAACAAAAGACUCGGCUACGCGACUAAAGUUGCAGUGCUUCCCUUUUAUAUUGAUAAACCCGCGCUAUCGACACUUUGACGUUGGCGUCAUGCUGAGCCCACGCACCACUAACACCAAGCGCGAUACAGAUGACGUUGUCAUCUUUUUUGAUUGGGAUGAUACCCUCAUGGCCUCCUCAGCCAUCGCCAAGCUUGGCCUGUGUCCUAAGUAUAUUAAUGAGGAGCCCGAAAUUCCGGACGACGUUCAGGCAGAGUUAAAAGAGCUUGAAAAAUCUGCGGUACAGCUUUUAGAGACAGCACUAUCUUAUGGCCGUGUUGUCAUUGUGACAGCCGCUGAAACCGGCUGGGUCGAGCUUUCGGCAUCACUCUUCAUGCCGCGACUUGUACCAUUUUUAAACACACGUAUUAAAGUAAUUUCUGCGCGAUCCACAUACGAGUACCUAUACCCGGAUUGUCCGCGUCGAUGGAAAAUGGAGGCAUUCAAUCAUGAGGUAUUUCCAGUCUGGGAGUCGUAUGGCGAGGAAAAUUCGGCAGGCAUUCCUCGACAUGUCAUUUCGCUUGGUGACGGUCCCACAGAGCGCGAAGCGUUGAUCAAUGUCAAGAUGCAGGCCAUGGAUGCAUGCCACGGCAAGUCGAUGAAGUUUAUUGCGUACCCAAAAAUAUGUGAAUUACAGCUGGAAGUCGAGCUAAUCCUUGCCAACAUGGAGCAUUUGUGCACUCAUGAAGGUGAUCUUGACUUGCAAAUCACUUGGGAGAUGCUGAACAGCGCCACAUAA